AAAAAUAGGAGUGGGACGAUCCACCGGUGCACCGAUGCAUCACAGUAUUCACUUUGACGAUCUACAGAUCGAUUCAUCUAAUUUAGUAUCACGAUAACUGACCGCACUUUUUUUUAAUUUCCAAAAAUGUCCCGGCUUUAGAAUUCGAAAUUUUUAGUCCUUUAGUCUGUAUCAUCAAGGCGUUUAAACAAACACAAAUAAAGUACAAACGUCUUGCUGAUACAGAAUCCAAGAUAUAAGCGUCAAAAUGGCGUCAGACACGCCGGAUUAUAUUAAAUUAACGAAACCCAAUGGUAGUAAGUCGGGAGUCUGGGACACCUUUGGGCUACCGGUGUAUGAAAAAGACGGCGCACGAACAACAGAUAAAAGUAAAGUGGUAUGCAAGAUAUGUGAUGCUCGUUUGAAAUACAAUGGCAACACCACAAACAUGCAGAAGCAUAUUGUUAGACACCAUCCUUCCGUUUCAACAGUUUCAUCUCGUGUCACGACUGAUACAGACAGUGAGCUAGAUAAGGCGAAAGUCGAGGAAACGAGAAGAACAGUAAGCGGACAAUUGCGUCUUACAGAUUUAAAAUCAUCAAAAUACACAGUUGAUUCCCCGAGGGCAAAAUCAUUGAACAGAAAGGUUGGAGUAUUUAUAGCUAAAGACCUGAGGCCACUAUCAAUCGUAGACAACGUUCAUUUUUGUGAGUUUGUCACAGAAUUAGAUCCAAGAUAUUCUCUACCUACAAGAAAAUACUUUUCAGAAAAAAUUAUCCCUCAGUUAUACAAUGAAGUGAAAGACAAAGUUAAAUGUAAACUCAAGAAAACAGAAUCUGUUGCAUUGACCACUGAUUCGUGGACGUCAAGGGCUUGCGAAAGUUAUGUAACCAUAACAGUGCAUUUUAUAGAGUCUGAUUGGAAAAUGAAAUCAUAUGUACUGCUGACAAGACAUUUAGAUGUCUCCCAUACUGGAGUAAACAUAGGAAAUGUGGUUAAGGAAGCACUGGGUGAAAUAAGCAGUUUCCCGUCAUGGGAAACUAUAUGGAAACCACAUGGAAACCUCAUGUUUACAUCAUGUUUCCUAGUGGUUUCCGCAGCGGAUGCCAGGUUAUUCCGUCAAGUUUCCGUACCACGGAAACUACUACGCUCCGAUUCUAUAAGGUAUCCCGAACCACGGAAACCUCAGGAAACCUGA